GAGAAAAACAAAACGGGGGGAAAUAAAUCGAGGCCUGGAUUCGAUGUGGGGGUGGCCGGCGCGGCUAUUAAUAUGAUGGAUCAAGAAUGGAUGAGAUCUUGUGUGUUUUCACGUGCGUUUGUGGAUUUAAAUUGUAGGCUCUAUGACUGUAGUGUAGUAAUAUAAUAUAACCUAGAUCUAUACAGUGUGUUGUUUCUUACAAAUAUACAAUUUAAUUACAAUAGUUGUGUAAUCGUCAGGAAAUAGUUUGUGCUGUUUGGGUUUUUCUAGUGGAUAUUUUCGCAUUGAGUUUUAGAGAAAAACACAAACUGUGUCAGUCAUUGGAUCGAUAAAUUCUUUCAUCACCUGGUACCACAAAUAUCUAGCAAUCAUCUGGUGACAAAGAUCUAUAUAAGUAACCGGAGCACCAAGCCUCGUUCACCAUAGUCUCAGGAUCUUACAUAGUUUCGUGUCAGCAGACCAAUCAGCGAUAAGCACUCACUUUCACUCUAGUCCAGUGCUCCAAGUCUGUUCAUAAAUACGCACAUACUAAACUGCACUACAGUAAACAAGUUCAGCAUUAACACCAUUGGCCUAACAGUAAAGUGGCAACGAAUUAAGAAAAAAACAAAACAAAACAAGGACUCCACUGUUUUACAGUUCACUUAUUUCAUGACCGAAAGGUUCCCAGAGAUGGCCUCUCUCACCCGCCUUUUCCUCUCUCACAUUCCACUACUCACGCUUCUACUGACAUUCACCUCGGGGAGCCCCGUCCAAAGUCCAGAUGUGCUCACCCUUGACGAGAUCAUGGCGAUAGAGCCCUUCACGGAGGAUGUGAUGGCAUGUGCAAAUAUUCCAGGCCUGUCUUUGGGAAUCAUUAGAGGAGGGGCCACCUACGAGACCGGAUUAGGAAAUGCUAACACAGACGACGGACAUGCGGCAAGCAAAAGUACAAUUUUCAACCUGGGCUCCACGGCCAAAGCCUUCGUUCCAUAUGUAUUGGCGGAGCUUAUGAACGGGGCUGACAACUCUCUGGCCAAGAUGACUUGGAACAGUACGUUGAGGGACAUUGUUCUCCAUCAUCUAGACAUCCAGGUGCCCUCUCCUUGGGGCGACAUGACUCUCAGGGAAAUGCUGAUCUAUCCAUCCGGGUCCAGUGCCGCUGACCUGAGCAGUAUGGCCGGCUUACAUGAAGACGUUGAACGAGAGGAGAUCAUCAAACGAUUACGUUUCCUUCCGCAAGACGACAACUUCCGCAUGUCUAACCACUUCAGCAACAUCAUGUACACUGUAGCUGGGCAUGUGGCCGAGAGGUUGUCCCAGAUGACCUGGUCAGAGCUAAUCAAGGUUCGAGUCUUCGACAAGCAGAGCAUGAACGCCCCCUCCUUCACGCCAGAGGGCAUGGACCUCCCGGACGCUGCCCUACCCUACAGAUAUCACGCCACUGGGCAGCCGGACAACUUUCACGUGCAAAACAAGACUUUAUUUAACCUUCGUCCAUUCGAGCCAGUUGGCUCUCUCAUGGCUGCAGCUGAAGACGUCACGAAAUGGAUGAGGCACGUCUUGUAUAGUGUUAAUGCUAAGGGCAGCGACUCAGGAGAGAAUCCUCUUAUUAAAGACGCCUUUCAAUCGUGGGUUACUUCCCCUGCAACUUCAAGCGAGAACAGCAUUGGUAGUGAUCUAGAUAAACCAACUGGCUAUGGAAUGGGAUGGUAUAUCUCCACAUACAGAGAUUUAACAAGCUACAAGUUCAAAGGAAGUCUGUAUGCUUACUCAGCACAAAUAUGGCUUUUUCCUGAAGUCCAAACUGGCAUUUAUGUUGCUGUCAAUGGGCCAGGAGGUGACAACGUAACCCAAGCCAUUGAUGGAAUCAUGUACCACAUCUCUGACACAGUGCUCAGAAAAACAACCUGGGUGACCAAAGAUAUGCUCUGCUGUUGCCAAAGUUCCUAUGAGCAGCAUGAAGGACUCCAUAGUGAUCUUGCUGGAGAUGAAAGGCCUCCGAUGGAAUCUCGACUCAUCCAUUAUUUGGCCCCUUUGCAGGUAUACACUGGCAUCUAUGGGAAUGGCAUUGUUGGUGAUUUAGUUGUUGAGUCUAAUGAUGCCAAUGUGCUAGAAAUGAAAUUAGGAAGAAAUCUUGUUGGGCAUCUUAUGCCAGACGGCCUUCCUACACGUAUGAAAUUUCUUGCUACAGGCCUAUUGGCCAGCACUACAGAAUGGUCUACCAAUAAGACUGUUGAAUUUUUCAAGCAUCAGCAGAUAGAAUCUGUAUCUGGAAAUGAUCCUUUUCAGGCUGUGAAGGUCUUUGUUAAUGACCUGUUAGUUUAUGAAUUCCACCGAGAAAAAUCCUUCAAGUCUCUCCUGCUUAUUGCAGAAGAAGCAGAUAAGCAACUGAUCCAUGAACAUGCUUCAUAUUUGACAACUGAAAAAGUUGUAACUGAAAGCCAUCACAUCACUGAUCAAAGCACAGAGCUCAGUCACCUCAACUCAGGGGAAGAUAAUCAUGAUGAAUAUGAUGCCGGUCACCAGGAUUCAGUUGAACGUCAAGGUAAUGAUAGCAUUGUUCCUAAUCACAUGGAAACCCCUAACCAUGGCACCACUGAAACCACUGACCACAGCGCCAGUGAAACAGAUGACCAAAGUAAUGUAAAAGAUAGUCAUGAAGAUUUUCCAGAAGGUGAUCAUCAGGAUCAUUUAGAAACUGGACAUCCCAGGAACAAUACUUCUAAUGAGCAUGACCACCUCCCAGAGCACAAUGAACAUUUAAACCAUGAAUCUCACAUUCAGGUGGAACCCAAGCAGACAAGAGAUCCACUUAAUGAAAAUCUCAAUGAAAUAGAUGACCAAACAACAGACAAUGAUGAAAGUUUAGAAACUAAACAUAAAAACAUUGACAACAGCAUGGGGGGCAAAUACAGGCCCAACAAGGGCGACUCACAUGACAAUGAUAUCGCAGAUCAUCAGAGCCAUGAGCCAGUCAGCAGUGAGACAGAGCCUGACUUUGAUGAUCAGCAAAAGAAAGAUGCAGAAAUGCAGCGCAGGAUAAAAGAAGAUAAACGAAAAGUAAAUGACAGGAACAUGUCCACGCGAUGGCAACCUUCUGGUUGUUUAACAAUAGUAGCUUUACUCUUUAGCCUUGUCUUGUUAGGACAUUGAAACUAUUGAAUAGGAAUUAAGAUCUUUUACCUCAUUUAAAUUGACAGCUUCUCUAAUUGAUCAAUCAAAUGUUUACAAUUUACUAUUGUAUAUUACAAUAAGUACUCUCAUCAUCGGAAUUCUGCCCAUUUGCAAUUAAAAGCUAUUGCGUCUGCAAAAAAAAAAAAAGUAAUAUAAAUUGAAGUUUACAUAAUUUGUAUACAACAAAAAAUGUUAAUAUUAAAAAUGUGUAAACAGUGUUAUUUGUAGUUUUAUUGUAGCCUUAUGAUUUAGCAUCAUUGAUUUUAUAAUACAUUUAAUUAUAAAAAAAAAAUUAUUUAAAAGAAUCAAAAUGUUAUUUAUUAGAUUAUCAAUUUUACAAAUACAGUGCUAAUUCUUUAUAAAUAAUUGAAUAUUUUGCUAGUGCUAGUUUUUUCUUAGUUUGAAAGUCAUAUUGCUUAAGGUCUACAUACUGAUAAUUUUUUAUUUUUAGAGUUUUUGUAUAUUUUGAAAUAGGACAUGCGUAGGAUGUCAUUGAUUUUUUUUCUUUAAGUAACAGCUGUAUUUUAUAAGAUAAGAUGAAUGUUAAUUUCAUUACACUGGUGUCUUUAGCUGGGUGGACAAUGUAUACAUUCAAAAUAUAAUUAUACUGUCAAUAAUAUGAAAGUAUAUAAUAUUAACGUAUAUAAUAUUAACAGGUCUAGUCUUAGGCUACAGGUCUAGUCUUAGGCUACAGGUCUAGUCUUAGGCUACAGGUCUAGUCAGUAGGCAGUUGGCCAUUAGUACUUUGUAGCCAGCUUAAUCUUCUAAAUAAAAUUACAUAAAUGAUUAAAUCAAUAAAAUCAAAGAUGCCUUGACUACAAAGGUUUAUGUUCAUCUGCUGCUAAAAGUCUGCCUUGAUCAAUGAAGCUGUGUCAUUCUGGUGAUUAGGCUCAGUAAACAGUUUAGUGAAUAUGUACAUUGUUUAUUGAAUGAAUUUUAAACAUUCUUGUAUGCUAUUUAUUAUAUCUAUUUAUACAUUUGCAAAUAAAAUCUGUUUUUUCUUUUUGUAAAUAUGAUAAAGUUUGUGUGUCCAUGCUAAUUUAUUUAUUCUAAACUUUUUUUUAUUUAUUAUGUACGGUAAUUAAAUUGGAUUUGAAUUGAAAUUUUCAAAUUCCAUUUAUUGAAAUGUACAACUUUUUUUUAACUAUAAAAUUCAACAUAUACUUUAUAUUGCUCUUUAGCUUUUUUACUGAGGAAUCUAAAAGUCUAGAUGCAAAUAGCAUUAUUCAUUCUUAAAUUUAUUAGAGGCCUGGGAUCAAGUAGUGGCAGAAACAAAUACAAAAUCAUGUUUAUCCAAAAUUUAUUGUACCCCUAAAAAUUCACCAUUCACCAAUCGUAAACAGACAACAUUUAGCCAUAUUGAUAAAACAAUUUUAAAAACUUAUCACGUGACAGCCUUUAUAGAUUGCGUAAUUUGUAUAGAAGAGAUAGAGAAUCACGUGGCUAAAUGCUGUUUGUUUAUGAUUGGUGAAUGAGUUAAUUAUGUGAAAUAUCAUAAUGAUAACAAACAGAAGUUAAAAUAUUUUUCUUAAUAUCUAAAUAUAGACAUAUUUAAAAAUAAAAAUAUAGUUUUGUUAGAAGCAAUGAAGUUUUCAAAUUGUUAUAUAGGGCCUAUAACUACUGGAUUUGUAGUCAUUCAACUAUGUGUUCUUAUUGACACCAUGGGUUGGGGUAGGUGUGGAGGAGUACAUGAGUUUUUACAUGUACAAUUUGGCUUUUCUACAUUUCAACUUUAGGCUUGUAGUAAUUCCUAUUUUUAGAGUAUUGUAUGCUUCCCUUCCCCUCUUGCCCCUUACUGUGCUACUAUCUUUUAAAAAAAAUGUUGCUGUUGUUGUUUUUGUAUUUGUCUUUUUUUUUUUAUGUUACUUUAAAUUUACUUUAAUUUUAAAAAAGUAAAAGUCCCCCCUUUCAGACCAUGGGGUCUAUAAUUUACUUUGUCCAAAAACAAUUGUCUAUUGUUUUCAUUCAUUGCCUUUGUAUAGAAAUUCUAGACCUAUUUGUUGUUUAGUUUGCUUUUGAUUUGACAAUGUGUUGCAUUCCUUAUUGAAAAAUCUAUGUUUACUGGUAUGAUGCAAAAAAAAUAUAUAUAUACACAUAUUGAUGUGGUUAUUUUUUUUUUUAAAUUUAAUGCUGUUUAGUAGACUGGACACAUUAUGAAGCCUUGUCUUCCUCUCUAACUUUAAAUAUACAUAUGUUUGCCACCUAACUUAUACUGAAUUUUUUUAUUCAUAGACUGAAAAGUUUACCUAAUGUACCGGUAUUGAAUUUCAUCUUUAUUCUUUUGUUGUAGCCAUUUUUUGUGUGUACAUAGUAGGCUAUGAUUAAUUUGUUAAAAAGCUUUUAAUUUUGCAUAACAAAGUAAAGAGGUAUCUAUCAAUGUAGAUUUCAAUCAGAUGUUGUUACAUUGGAAGCCUCAUUUUCUUUGUAAACAAAGAUAGCUGUUGGAUACUAUCUUCAUUGUUAAAAGCUGAUUACAUUUGUUGCCUGCAUUGGCAGGGCAUAUUUGGAUUAGUUUGGAGAAACUUUGAUCUUCUUCAUGUGACCUUAUGACUAUAUCAUAGGGAGAAUAGGAUCUACUAAUCAAAAUAGAAUCUUGGAAGUAAUAUUUUAAGGGUACUUGAGAAGUAUGAACUGUAGUUUUUUAAAAUUACUAAUCUAUUUAAUGUAAAAAAAAUAAUAAUAAUAAGAUAGGUGCAAUGGGAGUGAUUUAUUGAACUCAUUUAGGAAAAAUUAUUUUUUUGUUCUUAUAGAUCUAUAAUCUGAUAUUGUGGUUUUAAAAAAAAAUUGCUUGAAAUGCUUACAAUAGUCAAUAGCAGAAUAUGUGAAAGUUGAGUAAAACGGAGUUUCCAAAAAAUGUAAAUUUCCAUUUUAAAAAAAUAAAUUUAUUUCAAACUAUUGA